AUGCCAAACGGGGUAGUCCCCGUACAAUCAGUAUUAGCUACGAUCUCUUCGUGCAAUUCGUCGUACGUGUCGUGUGAGCUGAAGCUCUACGUGCUGUCCAAGAUAACGAGAGAGCUCCCUGGUUCGGGAUUGAUUCUUCGGAACACACCGCGUGGAUGGAUUGUUGCCGGAAGUAUUCCAGAAGUCUCUGUGGUCAGUUACAACACGGUAGCCUUUGCUCAUGUGACUACGGAAGAACUACGUGAAGAACUAGGUAGGCUCUGGGAACUGGAAUCAUAUCGCACGAAAAGCUGUCUGUCCAUCGAAGAGUCUGCAUGCGAAGCCAUUUUUGAGGAGACAACUAUCAGAGAUUCAGAUGGUCAUUUCCGAGUAAGGCUACCGAAGAGAAAGAACAUGAUUGAGAAGUUGGGAAAAUCGAAGCUGAUAGCGAAGAAACGAGUCCUAUCAAUAAAGAAACGACUGGACGCCAACACAGAAAUAAAGGUGUUGUACACAGCGUUCAUGUACGAACACUUGCAAAUGGUUCACAUGCAAGAAACCGUAAAAGACAGCGAAGAUGAAGGUUCUGGUCCGGAACAUUAUAUCCCACAUCACGCAGUAGUGAAGCGCGACAGCACGACUAGGGACAAAACUAAGAGUAGUUUUCGAUGCAUUCUGCGCUAA